UUACAAGAAAUCAAUGGGCCAACCAAAGUACACACGUUAUCAAUGAUGACAUUAACGGAUACGCUACUCCACAAUCAAAUAAAUUAUUUUUUAACUUUUGUGUGUUUGGAGGUUAAUAAUAGUAAAUUAAGGUCUGAGACAAAACCAACAUGGAAAGAGGAGGGAAAGCCCGAGCAAAUUAAACGACGCCGUUGGACUCGGCCACACAAAACCAACCUGGAAAGAGGAGGGAAAGCCCGUGGAAAUUAAACGACACCGUUGGACUCGGCCACAGCAGCAAGAAACCAACUGAAUCAUCACCGCCAGAAAAGCUUCCGUUUGAAACCAAAACUAAGUAAAAUUGCAUAAUCUUAAUCAACUCCCUGUUGUUCGCAUUCUACCACCUCUCAGAUUCGCCUUCCCUAGACUUGUUUUUUACUAUUUUUAUAUGGUGAAUUACAAGAAGAGGAAGAAGAGGAGGUAGUAGUAAUAGUAGUAGGAUUGAAGCGGCGAUGACGAAGAAGCCACAGGCCUCGUUGAAACCGGGUCUCUCGAUGCGCCAUGUGUUGUGUUUGGGGUGGAAGCUGGUGAUUCUAGUUUCCAUCGUUCUGUGUCUCUUGGCUUUUCUCAGAAUCCAGCAGUAUUCUCAAUCCACUGAUUCUUCUAUUUCGGCUGCUCUGCCGAGGAAAUCUCGUGUUCUGGGCUAUCAGUUCAGGGUUACGCCCAAGAUCGCGUUUCUAUUUCUGGUUCGACGAAAUUUGCCCCUCGACUUCCUCUGGGAAAACUUCUUCGAGAAUGUGGAGAAGAGAAACUUUUCGAUAUAUGUACAUUCUGAGCCUGGUUUUGUAUUUGAUGAAUCGACUACAAGGUCAACUGUCUUUUUUGAUCGGCAAUUGAAAAACAGCAUUAAGGUAUCCUGGGGAGAAGCAAGCAUGAUUGAAGCUGAGAGGUUACUAUUUGAAGCAGCUCUUGAGGAUCCUGCAAAUCAAAGAUUUGUUCUCUUAUCAGACAGCUGUGUUCCUUUGUACAACUUCAGCUAUAUUUACAAAUAUCUGAUGGAUUCUCCGAGAAGUUUUGUGGACAGCUUUCUUGAUAAAAAGGAUGUUCGCUACAAUCCAAAGAUGUCACCAGUCAUACCCAAGAAGAAAUGGCGAAAAGGGUCACAGUGGGUCACCUUAACUCGAAGGCAUGCAGAGGUUAUUGUAGAUGAUGAAAUUGUAUUUCCAAUCUUCAGAAAGUUCUGCAAGAGACGACCACCAAUUGAUUCAAGCAGAGGCAAGAUGAAUCUUAAACUUCAGAAACAGCACAACUGUAUACCAGAUGAACAUUAUGUGCAGACCUUACUCGCAAUGAAUGAUCUUGAAGCUGAGCUUGAAAGAAGAACAGUUACUUACACUUUAUGGAACCAAUCCAUGGCAAAUACAGAAAAUGAAGCUUGGCAUCCCUAUACUUUUGGCUAUGCAGAUUCAGGACCUCAACAAAUUAGAAGAAUAAGGGAUAUCAACCACGUAUUCUAUGAAACCGAAUUCAGAACUGAGUGGUGCAGUAAUAAUUCUACAUCUGUGCCUUGUUUUUUAUUCGCAAGGAAAUUUUCUCAAGGAGCUGCCAUGCGCCUUUUGAGUCAAGGAGUAGUAGGUAACUUUGAUGUCUCCACAUUACUGGAGCCACCACCAUAGUAUUUUUUUUGCCAGGGUAUAAUCAUUAUUAUUUGUUGUUAAACAUUAUUCAUGCAAUGGUGAACUUGCAUUAGAAAUUUGCAUCUGAGCAGAGACCAAAUAAAUGUCUCUGAAAAUUUUGCAUGUGUAACAUCUAUGUGGAGGAAAAUUCACAAAUCAUAUGACUUAGAGAUAUCAGGCUGUUCAAAUAUAGAGUUUUCAGAAGAUUAUUCUUUGGACAUCAGAGACCACUUCAAGGCAGAUGUCUGAUGUAUUGCCCUCCUUCCUUGACCUGUGAUUGAGAGAAAUAUUUGUUCACGUCCAUCUCGAGUUGAUGUAAUCGGGAGUUAGGCAACUGACAGCUGAGUGGUAUCUACUUAUGUUCGAUGUCCAAAUUAGAGGUUAUGGGCGGCGUCGAAAUCAGAAAAUUAUGUAGAAUGUUUUUUGACAAUGGUAUUUGCUCAUAUAGUCUGUAUUUUUCCUUAUUUCACUUGCUAUUUAGUGUCAUUGGUUGCAACUCAGAUUUUGUUGAUGUUUACUAAAUUAAUUAAUUAUAGAAAAAUUAAAAAGAAAUCGAAAUGUUUAUUUGGUCGGUGCCGCAAACUGGAUUUCCUGACUUUUCUGAGCCAGUCACUCGAACUGAGCUUCUCAAUGCCUGAACUUGGACAAGCGAAUCCAAAUGCAACCCACUGCGGUCCAAUAAAGUGAGGAUGGUGCCGGAAAAAUCGGUUUGUGGGGCGAUUUAGACUCAAAACUGCAAAUUUACCACUUCGACUUGAAUUUAACUCGCUGAUAUGUUAGCAGACAACAGUGUUUGAUAAUAAUUCACAUUUGAUAUCGAUCAAGUCAAUGUAACCAUUGACUAUAUAUGCAGAAAAGAUACACAAGGCAAAGUAAACCUUGACAACUUCUGUACAAUGAGAGCAAGAAUAAAAUUUGAUGAAAGAUGAACGGGCAACCGCAGCACACUUGCUCACCGGGAACCUUUUUCCCCUACCAUACCUCUAUGAUGCAAGAUCUCUACAAGCACAAGGAUACUUUUACAAGAUUUUGCUAUUCAUCCAGAAAAAGAAUACACAGUGGACUGGCGGGUUCUUCUUUCCACCUCAUAUAUUCCUCUAUUUACUUGUGUUUUGCAAGCCAAAGACCAAAACGGUAUCAUACAUUUAUACAGGAAUGACGUCUGCAUUUUGACUUUCAU